AUGGUAGAGAGUGUGUCCUGCACAGCCAUGUUUGUGAUGGAGAAGUGGACUGUAAGGAUGGAUCAGAUGAACAGGACUGUGAGCUCCUCUGCAAAAGCAGGUCAGUUCCAGUGUGCUCAUGGGAAGAAGUGUAUCGACCAGCAGCAGAUGUGUGAUGGGAAGGCACAGUGCCAGGACCGUUCUGAUGAAAUGGACUGCUUCAAGCCCACCAAGAGCUGCAGGCAUCGCUGUGACAACAAUAGCCGCUGUAUCCCAGAAACCUUCCUCUGUGACGGAGAGAGAGACUGUUCGGAUGGCUCUGAUGAGGAAGGCUGUGAUUCUAACAAGGCCCUUCCUCCUGUCCUGCCAACUCUGGCUCAGACCUGUACUAGUCCAUCAGUGAGGUGUCGGGGCUCAACUUUGUGCAUCUCCCAAACUCAGCUGUGUGACACAUUGAAAGACUGCCCUGAUGGUUUUGAUGAGGAGUCCUGCAUUACUAAAUGCCCAAACCGAGGUGAGUUCCGGUGUAACGACAGGAGGAAAUGUAUUGAGAGGAGCCUCGUUUGUGAUGGACGCGCUCAUUGCCAUGAUGGCUCAGAUGAGAUUGGCUGUCCAACGAUAGCUGCUCCAACGUCCCAAACUGCGCCCCUGAAGUGCCGUAUGGGUUCCAGACAGUGCAAGGAUGGGAGAGAGUGUGUCCUGCAUAGCCAUGUUUGUGAUGGAGAGGAGGAUUGUAAGGAUGGAUCAGAUGAACAGGACUGUGGUGAAUCUCCAGUUCCACUUACUACAGCUUAUUUGGCUCAACUACAACCGUUCCAGAUAUUCUUCCUGCUCAGUGAGUUCCGGUGUAAGGACAGGAGGAAAUGUAUUGAGAGGAGUCUGGUUUGUGAUGGACGCGCUCAUUGCCAUGAUGGCUCAGAUGAGAUUGGCUGUCCAACGAUAGCUGCUCCAACAUCCCAAACUGCGCCCCUGAAGUGCCGUAUGGGUUCCAGACUGUGCAAGGAUGGUAGAGAGUGUGUCCUGCACAGCCAUGUUUGUGAUGGAGAAGUGGACUGUAAGGAUGGAUCAGAUGAACAGGACUGUGAGCUCCUCUGCAAAGCAGGUCAGAAGUUCACCUCUUGA